AUGUCCAUUCAUUUACUGCGUACACGCGUGCACCGUAUGAAGCCUUUCGGUGGUGACCCUGCCGAGCACACGUACAUGCCUAAAUCCCAAAGCCGAGACCAGAAUACGGGACAGGACAGGCCCAAAAAUGAAACCGAGGUGCGCGGUAACAACAGUCAGGGGUGGUGCGAGAUAGUGGCGUAUCACAUCGACCAACAGUUGGGACUUGAUAGAGUACCUGUGACUGUGGGUAGACCCAUUGCACUACAAGCACUACUGGACGUCACGAAAUCAGAGUUUGAACGAGACACACUUCAGCGCUGGGCGCUGUUCAGUGAUGUAACCAACCAAGGGGAUGCAGUGGUCAGAGGGAGUGUGACUGAGUGGCUGACGGGUGAUACGCUGACCACGCCUGACGGAUUGCAAUGUACCGAACAGUGGCAAGACAUGCUGGAAUCCUUUGCCAAACACUCCAAAACGUCGGUGGUACAGGAUCCGGCUCUGCUAAAGGCUACGACAACGCUUAAAGUGUUUGAUUUUCUGAUGUUGAAUGUAGACCGGAAGAAACGGGGCAAUGUAUUUUUAGGCUGUCCACCGAAAACCUUCACACAUCUCACCAGUGCUAAGAAACUCUUCAGAAAGGGUUGUAAAACACUACAAAUGGACAAUGGUUUAGGACUGUACGAACCAGCGUGCCUAGCGAACUAUCACUCAUUGAAGGAAUACAAAGAGGCACUACUUAAUUCUUCGAGCAAAGACAUAGGAAGACUAUACCAGGAGCUUCCAUCUGCAUUCAGUUGCGUAGGCAUUGAACACACACUAACCACGGCGCUACACAACACCGGACAUCGCUUAGGAGCAUCGUUGCAGAACUCGCUGACCUGUGAUCCCACGCACACUUACGGCCCUGUGCUCCAGUACUACGACAGCGCCUGCUAUGUAACGGGACUGAACUAUCGGAUGCAGAUUCUCAGGGAGCGUUUAAGUCACUGUGCCGGAGGGUCAUAG